UCUCUCGCUGCUGCAGAGCAGAGCAGAGCACAGCGACGGCGCUGCUCGCACCAUUUAUCAUUUGCCUAAUUGAUCGCUGCCUCCUCCGCUAAUACUGAUGCCGGGUGCCCACGCGCUGUGUAGUGUGCUCCCCCUCUCACACACGUACCCCUCUGGGAGGCACUCUCCCUUUCCUAUUCCCUCUGCCGCCUUCACGCACCUGCCUGCCUGCCUGUCGCCAUCGCAAUCGUCGUCGCCGCCUGGCGGCAUGCGAUCUGUGUCUAACGGGGCUUUUCAGUCUCCUCGCGAUGCUCUUCCGUUGAUCUUCACGUGCGCUGGCGACGUCGUUUCCUUUCCUCUCGUUUCGCUUCUACUGCUCUCUCUUUCUGUUCUCUCUACGGGCGAGUGGCCGGACCAAGAAAUACAAUUACUAAUAUAAACAAUCAGCCAAAAAAUCAACACAAAAUUCACCCAAAAAUCAACUCUAUUACGAGAUACAGUAGUGCAGACUCCUGAGGGCUUUUGGGGACGCACAGAUCUGUCAAAAGCGCAAUCGGAGUCGGAAUCGGAAUCGGAAUCGGAAUCCUAUUCGCAAUCAACAAGCUCUCAAGUGCUGUGCUGUGCUGUGCUCUUGUCCGUGGGUUAUAGGCCCAAACACCAAUUGGAGGCUUCCUUUUGGCUGCCUGCAGCCUGGAGCCUGCAGCAAUGACAAUGUCAUCGGCGCUGACGCUGGCUCUCGCCGAGGCCGUGGCAGAGGCCGUGGGGACCGAGGCAGAGGAGGCAGCAAAAUCGCCCGAGGCGGGCGUUGAAAUGUUCUCGGAUGCGGAUAUGGCGGAAGUGCGGCAUGUUGUUCAACGCAUUUUGGUGCCGUGCGUUUUUGUUAUUGGACUAUUGGGAAAUUCAGUGAGCAUUUAUGUUUUGACGCGGAAGCGCAUGAGGUGCACCACAAACAUUUAUCUAACGGCCCUGGCAAUUACGGACAUUGCAUACCUGACCUUUCAAUUAAUCCUAACACUCCAGCACUACGAGUACAUCAAGUACCACUGCGAGAUCUACUGGCGCCUCUACGGAUACUUUGUCUGGCUAUGCGAUGUCUCCGCAUACAUAUCCAUUUACAUAGCCGUGUGCUUUACCAUAGAGCGAUUUAUCGCGAUACGGUAUCCGCUGAAGAGGCAAACGUUCUGCACGGAAACCCUGGCCAAGAGGGUGAUAUCAGCCGUCGCCCUCUUCUGUUUGCUGUCUACGCUCUCCACCGCGUUCGAGCACACAAUGGACAUCCACUGGAAGUUGAUUGAUGACGCCUACAAGCCAUGCAAUCAAACCCCGGCCAAUGUCUCGCCAACGCCCUCGCUGCCCACACCGGCGACCGUGUGGCACCAGCAGCAGCAACAGCAGCAGGAUGACCCCGAGGUGACCACCAUUGGGAGUGCUGCAACGUUUCCCCUCUUCGACGGCAGUGGCAAUGGCAUCGGCAUCGGCAUUGGCAACGGUAACGGUAACUUUAACGGUGAUGGGGAGUCAGGCAACAUUCCACGACAGCAACACCGCCGGCACUGGCCGUCAUCUGUGACGCCGCCGCCGGCCCAGAGUGAAACUCUAGAUGCCACCAAGCUGUGGCAGCAGGGCUCAGAUGCGGCAGACGGGGAGCGCGACUCCAUAGAGCGGGUCACGGAGAGUCUGCUGCAGUUGUCACGUUCCGGACGCAGCGGGGAGUUCAAUCACUCAGAUGCAUUUGCAUUUAAUGUAACGGAAUAUUGUCAAAAUAUGACUGUCUUUACUCACAUUUUCUCGGAGCUGGGCAACAACGAUCUGUAUGUAAACGUGUGGAGCUUGUUCACUCUGUUGGUAUUCGUGCUUUUUCCACUGUUCCUGCUUGCCACGUUCAACUGCUUCCUCAUCUUGCUGGUCCACCGAUCGAAGAGCCUACGCGGGGAUCUAACAAAUGCCAGCAGCAUAAGACGCACCAAGCGGAAGUCCAACACUGGUCUGACGGGCAGCGUUUCGCAGGAGAAUCGCGUGACAAUCACUUUGAUCGCCGUCGUUCUACUGUUCAUCGUGUGCCAGCUGCCGUGGGCCAUCUAUCUGAUACUCGACCAGUACAUGGUGAUUGCGCCGGGUGCCAAGGUGAUUGCCGGCAAUGUGUGCAACCUUCUGGCCGCUCUUAAUGCCGCCUCGAACUUCUUUCUGUACUGCGUGCUGUCGGACAAGUACCGGAAGACGGUGCGCGAGCUGAUCACAGGGUAUCGCUAUCGGCGUCGCCAUGCCCGCAACAACACGAGUCUCUAUGUGCCCCACACGACCACCACGCUGACGCACAUCAACGGAGACCAUCACCAUCAUGGUGCGCCUUACGGUGGGGCAGGCGGCAGCAGUCGUCGCAGCUGCAAUCGGAGUCGCAACAAGGCGACGGCCACGGGUCGCCUGAUAGCGUGAGUCGUGCCGCAGGCUCGAGUGCGAUUUCUCUGGCAAAAGCGUGAUUUCAGCGUCACUCACUCAAAAGAUGAUGUCAGAAGUGUUUCUCACGAGUACUGAAUGAGUCGCGAAUGAGUCACGAAUAAUGAAUGAAGGUUUGAAACAUAUGCCUGCAUAGAAUAAUGAGUAAAAUACAUACAUAUAUGAUCAAGAGUGCACUAUCAAAGUUUCACCGUGAUCCAAGCCUGAACAGUGCCUUCAUUUCGGGAGUCUGUGAAACGCUGACGAAGGACUCUACAUAUAUAUCUCUCUCUCUAUAUACAGAUUAUAUAACAUACAUUGUGCCAUAAUGUGAUGAUUAUAGUUUUAUGAUAGUUAACCUAAACGUAAUUGUUGUCCUAAGUACUAAACGAAUCAAAUACAAAACCAAAAAAAGACA